GACUCAUUUGCGCAGGCGCGGAGAUUCCGGCGUUUCGACCUCUGCCUUCGACAGUCUCCGGCUGCUGCUGCAUCUGUUGCACUAAGUGCUAAUAAAUCUAUUAGUUCAUUAUGUACGCCUGUGCUAAACUCGUCUCCACUCCUGCUCUGGUCCGCUAUGGAUCCCGGGCUCUGUACAGACCAGUGUCUGCCGCUGUACUGUCUAGGCCAGAGGUCAAAACAGAGGCCUCUGGUGCUUUGCUGCCCUCUGCUCAGUCUCCCCUUAGCCAAAUGUGUCUGCGAAGCUUCCAGACCAGCGCUGUAAGCCGUGAUAUUGACACCGCAGCCAAGUUCAUUGGUGCUGGAGCUGCCACUGUCGGAGUGGCUGGAUCUGGUGCUGGAAUCGGCACUGUGUUCGGCAGUCUCAUCAUUGGCUAUGCCAGAAACCCCUCUCUGAAGCAGCAGCUCUUUUCAUAUGCUAUUCUGGGAUUUGCUCUGUCUGAAGCCAUGGGUCUCUUCUGUUUGAUGGUUGCUUUCCUCAUCCUGUUUGCCAUGUAAACUUGCUAUGCUGUAAUCAAUUGUGAAUUUACAGUUACCAAAACUGCUCUUACUGUCCAUGUAGAAAACAAUGUGUUUUUUGAUGUCUAAUCCGUCAAGAGAUAAUGUAUUAUAACACUGUAAGCAAUUACAAAAUAAACAUUUUUAUUUGAACUGUUUAAAAUACAAUUAAGUUUUGCAUUUUGAGUGUCUUCAAAUAUGCUGACUGAAACGUCAAUGACAAUUUCAAUCUGGAGCCAGGUGACACUUUCUACACAUCACAUUUAGGGAAGUAUAGUUUUUUCGGGUCCACAUGCAGUAACAGGUUUCAGUCCUGGUGAAGGGAAAGGAGUUUGCAGUUUUGGUUUAAAAGCUAAUAAACAUCUGCUUUUGUAAACUGCAUUAAAUAAAUGUAUACUUCUGUUUA